GAGAGGAAGAAAGACGUCAGAAAAAGCUCUGCUUCUGACACCACCACUGUUCAGCGACCAUCAUAGAUAAAAAAAAAAAAACUACUUGCUCUCACGAAACUGUUUUUCGUGUAUAGUUGGCUGUAGAAAAGGGAUACUGCAUGACACUGUUUCCUGUUCGCCGUGCAUCAUUUUCUCAGAUUUACUAAGAUGACUGUGGUGUCCCCAUGUACUCAGAACCUGAUGGAUAGUUCUCACCCUCAAACUGUGCUUAGCAAGCUCAAUGAGCAGCGCUCACAAGGCCUCUUCUGUGAUGUUACCAUUGUGGUGGAGGAUGUUAAGUUUCGGGCCCACAAGAACAUCCUGGCAGCGUGCAGCGGGUACUUCAGGAACGCUCUAACAACUUCUGAGACAUGGAGCUCUGGCCAAGUGCUGGAGCUGAUGGACCUGAAGUCUGAGGUGUUUGCCAGUAUCCUCAACUUUAUCUACUGCUCAAAGGUGACAUCACCUGGUGCAGAGGACACAGGGGGGCUAGUGGCAGCUGGAAAAAGACUUGGAAUUCCUUUUUUAGAGAAGCUUGCAGAACAAGACAGGCAGGACGAAUGUGGUAAAUCCACAGACUGCAGUAAAGCUCCUUUGUCUAAAAAAACAAAGAAGGAAGCUCCCAGGCCUGAGGAGAUGGACACUGCCAGAGGGCCACGCAUUACUAAUGCCUUCUCUAUCACUGAAGUGUGUCCUCUUGUUCAAACGAAUGGGGAGAGGCAGUCACCAGAUGAAGGACAGCUCCCAUCAAGUUGCCCGACAACUUCCUGCCUCAACGGGAACAAUGAAACAACACAAGCCCUCUCUGAGCACUCAUAUGCAGUAAGCAAAUCUAAUGAAGGCAAAGAUAGCAGUGAGUGGGACAGCAAGACUGUCUGUAAGCCAGCAAUAUCACAGCCAAAGCAACUCAUUUACAGGAACACAGGCCCACAAAAGCGCCACAGGGUGAGAGGCAUUUUGGGUAGAAGUGUUCUUCCAACACCAGCUGAACCACAAACAGAUAAACCAAAUACAAUAACCACCACAUCAGCUGGUGGUGUUUCUUCACCACCUGUCGCAGUGAUGACACCACCUCCGCUUUUUUCAGAGGCAGACAGAGAAAAAAGUAUAGACCCAGGGCUUCCUAUAGCCACUGACAAUGUUCCAAUGGAGUUAGGUCCACCAACCCUUUCCCCACACACAGAGGACAGCUUUUCAAUCUACGGAUGUGAGCACUGUCCAGAGAUAUUCACAAAUAAAGCUCUUCUCACCAUUCACUCAGAGGUACAUAAAAAGCGUUUCGUCAGUCAUUUGUUUUGCAAGUUCUGUCACAGAAAGUUCAUACACCUCAAACGGCUGCGCAAUCACGAACAGGUCUGUCCCAAAGCUGUAAGGGACCUGCCUAAACUAGAUGCAACUGCCAUACCAACCAAAGAGGUGGACCUCCAUUCAGAUGACAUACCGAACACGGAGAGCAUCAUGACACCACUUCCUUCUGCUGACCUCCCCACCUCUUACACCCCAGAGCCUCCUCAAGUGGACCAAUCAGAGCCUCCGGAUGAGGAGGAGAAGGCAGUGAGGCCGGGUGGCAGCCAGAGGAGAUACAACUGCAGUGUGUGUAAACGGGUCUAUGUCACCCUAUCCAGUCUGAAGAGGCACGAGAAUGUACAUUCCUGGCAGAGGGCCUAUCCCUGUCAUUAUUGCAAUAAAGUGUUUGCUUUGGCAGAGUACCGUACUAAACAUGAAAUCUGGCACACAGGUGAACGCCGCUAUCAGUGCAUUUUCUGCCUGGAGACAUUCAUGACAUAUUACAUCUUAAAGAACCAUCAGAAGUCUUUUCACGGCAUUGAUCCCAGUCUUGCUGUUAAGAAAAAAUCCGCAUACGGUGGACUGAAAGCCAGUGUUUAUCCAAUCAAACUCUACAGGCUUCUGCCUAUGAAGUUUAGAAAGAGACAAUACAAGACGUACAGCCAGACAUAUUCAGAGAGUGUUGAAAGAGGUGACCAAGCCCCAUUAGAAAGCAACUCUCUUAGCCAUCCAUUUGAAGAAAAUGGUCUGAUCAGCCAUCCUGAUACUGUUUCUUUCCCUCUGACAUUCAUGGCCACAACAAAGAUGGUGGCACCUGUCAUGCCUCGCGUCUGCUUCGGCAAGCCAUGCGACCAAGAUAUUGACCAAAGUCUGAACAGUGAAUUGGAAGCUCAGAGAGGCAAAAGAAAAGAGGCUGAGAAUAGAGAUUCGCCCAUCAUUAACUAUGACAGUACCUUCUCUUUACAACCCAAUACAGAGUCUUCUGCAGGAGGUUACAAAGAUGAUCCGCCAGUACCAAGUAACUCAGAGCACAUCAGUCAUAACAUGCCUUUCUUAAACUCUUUGAACACUGUUAAAAAGUUAGGUGAGCUAUCAGCUUCUGCAAAAAGUGUUGAGGAUAUGACUAAGGAGAUACUUCAGUCAAGCACUGAGAACCUGGUGCGCAAUAAGGCGAUGGGGGAAAAGACAGAAACAUAUAUUGCUAAACCUGCAUGCCCGGGUCCAUCUGUGGAUGGUGCUUCUAUGCCGCUCUGUCAGAUAACAGUGAAAAUAGGCAAUGAAGCCAUCAUCCGACGCCGAAUCAAAGGAUCGAAGCUCUUCCCCAGAAAGAAAAGGAGAAUCAGAGAACUGUGUGAGGACAGCCCGAGUCAGUGUCCUCCAACAAGGGAAAACUCAGAGAGCCCCAGACUCCGCCUCAGAACAGAAGUUGCUGCCGCAACAGAGCCAGAGACAUACGAUGAUCCUAAUGACUGUGACACAGCUGAUAUGCUUUGGCGUCCCUACUAUUCUUACAAAGCCAAAAAGAAAAGGAAGAAGCUGAGAUUCAAGCACAGAAAUGCUUUGUUUCACCGUUAUCCUGAAACAUCUGUCGACAGAGCUGCUGCUAGUGAGGCCCACCUCGAUAAAAGCAGUUGGCUGGCAGAAGAGAGCAUCUCAGGUGGUAGCGGAGAGGUGAAACGCAGUCUUAGCAGGAACUCCAGCCCAAGGGCCACCUACAACUGUGACAUAUGUGACAGCUCUUUUAUCACAGAGACCGGUCUGAAAGCUCAUGUUAUUGGUUCCCACCCAUGUUUCUGCCGGACCUGCGGUAAACAAGGUCCCCCUGGUGAGGUACCUGCCGGUGGUGAUUACAUCUGCAACAGCUGUAUGGAAAAUGGUUCCUGCUUUGAUAAUACACCCCGGAGCCCCAACACAGAGAAGAAAUAUCGCUGCUCCUUCUGUCCCCAGCGUUUUCUCUACCUUGCCACUAAGAGAAGCCAUGAGAAAAAACACCAGGAGACAAAUGAGGAGGGAUAUAAUUAUGACAACUUCACACCAUGUUCUAAAUACUCAACACACAUGAGUGAAGACAAUAAACAAGACACCAUCAAAUCAGAAGACAGUGACAAUCAAGGGGACACACACAUAAAAAGUGAAAGGGUGGAAGAAGAACAUUUUUCCAUUGAUAAAAUUAAGCCUGAAGUCGAGGAAACAACUGACUUUAUGUCUGUGACUACCUACCAAGACAUGUCAUAUUCCAACAUUAAAAGUCCAUUAUCGCCCUGCAUCGACCCACUGUUUUCCCUGACCCAGUCAAAGGUGAAACAUAAAAUAGCAAAAAAACGGCUCAAUGCACAGCAUUCUAUGCAUCUCACCCCAAAAAAGCAAGCCCGUGACAGAGACAGCGACAGCAACAAGGAUAUUUUGAUGGGGCCAAGAACAAGCAGUCACAAUGAGAAGUCCUAUAAACUCUUUAGGAGAACUGACUCUGAAACUAAAGGUACCCACAUUUCUAUACACAAGCCAGAAAAAUGGAUGUGCAAAGAGGAGCCAUUUUUUAAAGAUCUUUGAGGACUGUGGCCAACAACAAGCAAACGAGAACAUGACUGAAGCUUGACCUCAAGCCACUGGUUUAGUCAGGAAACGUAGUAAUGUUGUAAGCUGAGCUCAAUGUUUUGAAUGGACAACACUAAACAUGAUGAUCUAAUACCAGUGUUUUGGUAAUGACUGAGUGAUUGUUCACCUUUGUAAAAGAUAUUUUUUGGAUAAUAUAGGACCUUUUGACACAGACUGUACUUGUACUUGUCCGUUCUCUAUGCAUAAAUGGCAGACUCAGUGACUUGACUGUAACCUCAAGAAAAUACAUGAAUGUUGGUAACAUUUCUUUAAACUGUGUGAAAUUUCAGAACAGGGGUAUGAUGUGUUGAAAAACUGAAAAGCUAACCUAGUUUGGUUACAGCUUCACUUUUAAAAAUAUUUCUGGGGAAAAUGAUGUGAAUUUACAACCGUCACAUUUCUUAAUCUUCCGUUCAGUUAACUGGCCAUGGUGAGUUGCACUUUAUAGUUAGACUAUGCUAAUCUCUUGGUUAAAUACUUUGAUAAUUCAAUUUCAAUUCUUAGCACCAUUGAUAUAAUUCUAAUUUAUAAAUAACACAUGGCACCAUAGAGAUUAAUGUUACGACUUUUGUGUGUUUAUGUAUAAAACAUGUAAAACUAUUUAAAUAAAUGUUGCUGAUAUUGUAAACCAUUA